AUGGUACGAUUCAACAAUGAGUCCCUCCAGGUCCGCGACCGAGACGACAAGGUGGUCAUGGCCGCCUUCAUCAACGGGCUGCGAAAGCAGAAGUUGUACACUGAGCUCGUAGAGAGACCUCCCAAGUCAGUUCGGGAGAUGCUGGACCGAGCUCACGAGAAGGCCAACGCUGAGGAAGCCAAUCGCUUGAAGAGCGCGCAGGAAAGGCAGAGGGACGACAAAUGCCAAAGGAAUGCCGACCAGGGAGACGUGCGGCGUGACCAGGGGCGAAAGAAUACCUAUGACCGCCUGCCUAGGAGUCGGCCCCUGGGGAGAGAUAAGCCCUGGACUUCCCUCACAGUGUCCCGAGCUCAGGUCCUUGUGGUGAUGGAGCAAGAAGGGUUUUCCCGACCUUCCCGACCCUUGGCCGGGGACAAAAACAGACGGGAUCAGGGCCUAUACUAUGCAUAUCACCGAGAUGUGGGGCACGAUACGGAGGAUUGUCGUCACCUCAAGAAGGACAUUGAAAAGUUGAUCAGACGAGGCCAUCUCGGGCAGUUCAUACGGGGACCGGUUGGAGGGGAUAGCCAUACAACUCGGCGGCACAAUCGCCCCCCUCCCAGCGGAGAAAGCUCGAACAAAUGGCUGAAAAUGUACGAGGAGAUUAUCUACGGACCAGAAGAUGCAGUGCCUUUGGCCUCCAAUAACCACGAAACUAUCGUGAUAGAAGUCAUCACCUGCAACUACAAGGUAAAGAAGGUAUACAUCGACAAUGGCAGUGCCAUCGACGUGCUGUACCACAAGACCUUUAAAGAGCUGCAGCUAGAGGACAGACAGCUCGUCCCGAUCCGAACUCCAUUGAUCGGCUUUGCUGGCCCUCCGGUAAGGCCAGAGGGAAUGAUAACUCUCAUGGUCACGGUGGGGGUGUCGCCAAAGUGCCGAACGGUGCCAGUAAAUUUCGCGGUGGUAAAAGAGCCCUCAUCGUACAAUAUGAUUCUGGGACGGCCCACUCUGAACGCCCUCCGGGCUGUCUGUUCCACCUUGCAUCUCAGCAUGAAAUUUCCUACUCCAACUGGGGUAGCUGAGGUGCUCAGAGAUUCGGAGGUGGUUAGGGCCUGUUAUAUUGCAACCCUCAAGGGCAAGGAGAAAUUGGUAGCCCAAACCGCUUGCUUAGAGCCCUGGAAGCCCAUGGAGAAAAGAGAGAGACUGGAGAUAGAUGAGGGGCUGGUUGAGCUGCCCGUUCGGCCUGACCGACCUGAGCGCACGGUCAAGGUCGGUACCUGCCUAAAUGAACGGGCCCGAAGCUCUCUGGAAUCCCUUUUAGAGGAAUAUGCGGAGAUCUUUGCGUAG